CGUGGGCAGAAAAACACGUCCAUGACGUCACCUGGCUCGGUUUGAACGCCGGUUCGACUGAGGGUACCACCGCUCGCGCUCUCUAACGGCCGUUUUCCAGCGAGGCCACGUCCGUUUCGCCGCGCUCGGUCCUCAGAGAUGUUAGUUUCACUUUAAAGCCGCGCGCUCGCCUUUCGGAAUCGCCAUUGUUGGGUUCGGCAGAGUGAUGAGGAGGGCAGGACGAUGCUUCCGCUGUGAAAGUGCAACCUUCGUGAAAGCCGAGAGGAGCUUCGAGCCGCUGCCGCUGCUGCUGCUGGGCUGUUUUCGUGUCGCCCUCCGUCGCUAGACGAGAUGAUGAAACGGUGGCGGUCCGUGUGACACACCUGGGAUUGUUUCCACCGCCGCACACCGAGCGAGCACGUCGAGUCGAGUCGAGCUGGCUUUGGCUUUGAGGCACGUCGUGUCUGGAAAAGAGGGAGAGUUAUUUCUGUGAACGCGCACACACAUAAAACAGUAGUCAAACCAAAGGGCCAUUCCAGUGGGUUUUUAUUUCAUGGGGAUGUGUUCAAGACAAGAGAGGAUUCAAAAAGACGUCGACAUCGUGAUACAAAGGUGCAAGGCAGAAAAAGACUGCCUGUUCUCCGAUUUCCGAUUCACCGACGCCACCUUCACGUUCACCUAUUCGAAAGGAUCUAAGAGGGUAUCCUACUCUGUACAUGUCUCUGAUGAUUACCCAGACAACACCUAUGUGUCCAACUCUGAGAACGACGAUGAAGUAUUAGUAACAAGAGAUCCUAUUCCAGUGAUUUUCCACAGAAUAGCAACAGAGAUAAGGAUCAAUAAUGAUGCCACCAGUUGUCUUUCCAUCAAGUCAAAGCUUCAGAUUGACAAAAACCCGUGCCAUUAUGCCAUAGAGGAGGACUCAGAAGGCGAUAAUGACUCUGAAGAGUUCUACUAUGGUGGUCAGGUGAAUUAUGACGGCGAGCUUCACAAACACCCCCAGCUGGAGGCUGACCUGGCAGCCGUGAGGGACUUGUACGGCCAUCAUGCAGUAUCGCUCAGGGAAUAUGGUGCAAUUGAUGAUGUAGACAUUGAUCUACACAUUGAUGUCAGUUUCCUAGAUGAGGAAAUUGCCCUCGCCUGGGAUGUGAUCAGGACGGAACCUGUUAUUGUGCGUCUUCACUGCUCCCUCACGCAGUAUCUAAAUGGACCAGUUCCCACCGUUGAUGUAUUUCAGGUGUCCACAAAAGACAGGUUUGGCCUGGGACAUCAGCUGAAAAAGAUAAUGCAGACCUUUGUCACUCAGCAGUGGAAGCAUCACACUAAAGACAAGAUCAACUGCCCACAUAGCAAAAAGCAGACAGACAAGAAGGCGAAGUCACCUCUGCACAUCUUCUCCACUCUCCGCAGGUCCCCCAGCUAUCCUCCUCCUGGCUGUGUGAAGAACAAAAAGAAGCUGAAGCCUGAGCAGGAUGGCUGUGUGUCAAAGUCACACCGGCUCCUGCGCCGCACCUGCUCUAGUGCCGUGAAGCCGGAAGUGGAUGGCUGUGCCAGCAAAUCACACAAGCUGCUGGGCCACUCUAUGUCAGGCGAGCCGCGCCUAGAGCUGCCAUCAGUCCUCAAGCCUCCGGCCCACCGGCUGCUACCACGGGCUGCGGUGAAGCCUGAGGACUGCGGGGGUGGUCUGCGGCCUCACCGGCUGCUGCCCCGCUCUGGCUCCGGUGAGCCCCGCUGCGAGCACAGUGGCAGUGGUAGUGGUGGGAGUAGUGAUGGUGGCAGUGCUCUGAAGCCACACCGGCUCCUGAGCCGCUCGUGUUCAGGCAGCGUGCGCACCGAGGAGCUGGACGGCCUCAAGCACCACCACCGGCUGCUCAGCAGGUCCUACUCCAGCAGCACCAAGAUGGGUAAGGGUGAGCUGCCUAAGGAGCCAGCCGGUGAGAGCCGCCGCCUCUCGCUUACCUCAGGGCUCAUUGGUAUCCUGGCCCCGGCACUCUCUUCCACACCACCGCCAAACAAUGGGGCAAAGUCUAUACCAGUCAGAGAUCGUGGCUUUCUCGUCCAGACAAUGGAGUAUGCAGAGCAGAGGAUCCCGGUCCUGAAUGAGUUCUGUGUGGUCUGCGAUGAACCUCAUGUAUUCCAAAAUGGACCAAUGCUCAGACCCACAGUGUGUGAGAGAGAGCUGUGUGUCUUUGCCUUCCAAACGCUAGGGGUCAUGAAUGAGGCUGCUGAUGAGAUUGCCACAGGUGCCCAGGUUGUAGAUUUGCUGGUCUCCAUGUGUCGCUCUGCGCUAGAAUCUCCGAGGAAAGUUGUCAUUUUUGAGCCAUAUCCCUCCGUAGUGGAUCCUAAUGACCCUCAGACCCUGGCCUUCAAUCCAAGGAAAAAGGACUAUGAUCGAGUAAUGAGAGCUCUUGAUAGCCUCACAUCAAUCAGAGAAAUGACCCAGGCUCCAUAUCUGGAGAUAAAGAAGCAGAUGGACAGAAUUGACCCACUGGCUCACCCGUUAUUGCAGUGGGUCAUAUCCAGUAACAGGUCUCACAUAGUGAAGCUACCAGUGACGAGACAACUGAAGUUUAUGCACACCCCCCACCAGUUCCUCCUACUUAGCAGCCCACCGGCCAAAGAAUCUAACUUCAGAGCUGCCAAAGGCCUCUUUGGAAGUACUUUCGCUUUCCACGGAUCACACAUAGAGAACUGGCACUCCAUUUUGAGGAAUGGUUUAGUUGUGGCAUCCAACACAAGACUACAGCUCCAUGGCGCCAUCUAUGGGAGUGGAAUCUAUCUCAGCCCAUUGUCAAGCAUAUCCUUUGGUUACUCAGGGAUGAACAAAAAACAACAGAAAGUUGCAUCAAAAGAUGAGACUGCGACAAACAAGACCAAUAUUCAUCUGCAGUCACAGAAGAAGGGUCAGCAGCCACAGUUUCUGCAGAGUCGCAAUCUGAAAUGCAUAGCCUUAUGUGAAGUUAUUACUUCGCCAGAUCUGCACAAGCAUGGGGACAUUUGGGUGGUUCCAAACCCAGAUCAUGUCUGUACAAGAUUUUUCUUUGUUUACGAGGAUGGACAGGUGGGCGACACGAGCAUCAACACGCAGGACCCCAGCAUACACCGGGAAAUCUUACGAGUCAUUGGCAAUCAAACCGCCACUGGAUGAAAGAUUACAGACGCAAUACUGCUGCCUUCACCUGUCCUCCUGUCUCAAAGCUGGAUUUUUGAGCGUAGGAGGUCGCAUCCAUAGGUAUUUUUGGUAUCCACAGAACACCGUAUAGAGAAACAGAUUACUUCAGACCUAUGAAAUUAGCUGCAGUAUUUAUACCCCACGGACACCCCUGUGUAUUUACACUGGCUAAUCAAACUCUUACCGUUUUGCUAAGUUUAUAAAUAAAAUUCUACAUUUUCAAAGGACACGGUAUGUCUCUCAGUUCACCUGUUGGACAGCCUAUUUUUUGUAAAGAAAAGGGAAAAAAGUUCUUUGAGUAAUAUUUUGAGACUUCUACCAGAUGUUAUUUGGCCUUUUUGGGGAAAACAAAAUAUUCCUUAAUGGUAAUACACCAUCCUGCAUUGUUUACUAAGAGCUGUACUUUUAGAAGUAUGAUACUUUGUGUAUACUGAAGGUGUUGAUAUGCACUUUAUUUUUCUUAAUGUGAGAUUUUAGUUCCAACUUCAUCAUCUUAAAAUGCCUUUUCAAAGAUUCUAUUUCAUAUUGUUUGACUUUGGUGAACCCAAGCGUUCAUUUCCCAGUGUUGCGGACAUUAAGAGCUGAAAGGUUGUUGUGUUUACAAACCACAUGUUCCUGAGCUACAUGAGUUCUAAGCUACAUGCCAGUAGCUGUCGGUUUACAGUUUCCAAAAAGAAGUCACAGUUAUAGAGUUUAUCACCACUGAUUCCACUGCAGCCCUAUUUGCUCUAUUGUUUUAACCAAACUACUGUGACAUUGAGUUGCCGUUUUGGUUGAAUUGUUGGCGAAAAAAAAAAAAAGAGUCAGUACUUUAACUUGUAUUUGGGCAACACUGACAGAAAAUAAAAUGCAUGUGGCUUUCUUUAAAUUUUCGGUCGACUUGUGUUCCUAGAUAUGUUAAUAGCAUUUUUGAUAAAAGAAAAACUGGCGCCCGGUUGUAAAAUGUCUUUGAAUAUUUCAUUAUAAAUCUUUUUGUAAAGGUGAUUUUAAGGCAGAAUAAGUGUUCGCAGCUUGUUUAUACAUUGCCAUGUUCGAGGGUCAGUCCCUAUGUGAAAAUACACCAUUUUUUUACUUUGCGAUUGUUUAACUUUACACACCAGUUUGUGUACUGCUUUUAAAACAUUGAUUAAAAUGAGAAUGAUGAUCUUAUCCUCAAAAUUGGCUCACUAAUUCAAAUGCCAAAAGAUUUCCUUUCAUUUAUUUUUUUUUAAGAAACCUGAUUAAAUUACACCUCAACUCAAAUCAAAUUAGAGCACUACAGUGUGCUCCAUUCACUGACCAAUUACAGAAUGACUUUGUACAUUAAUCAUCGCAUCUAAUCAACGCAGAGCACUGCAUUUACCCCUCUGAACUGGAAAAUGAUAAAAUUAUAGGUUCUAGCAGCCUUGAUUCUGGAGUGCGGUUAUUAAUACGUUUGGUUGCCAUGUUCCAAACCCUCCCCCACCCCCAACUUUUUCUUAAAUGUUCAGUUCACCUUUCACACAUUCAGACUUGCCGUCGAUGUUUCCUUGUCCAUUAUGGUGUUGAAUACUGAUGUGUAAUUUCACUAAAGAAUCUUUGAAUUCUGAAGGAUAGCAAACACAUUCUCCACAUUCCAUAAGUCUCAUGGUCAUGUUUGAAUUCUAGAGGAAAGAUAUUUUGUAACUGCCGCAAAAUCAACCAAGUAGUACAAUAUUAUAGUCAAAACUCUCUUAAAGGAGCGCUCCAGCCAAAAUGACAAAUCUAGCUGUUGCCACAUUUGUAGUAAACAUGCCAGCAGUGCAGCAGUUGUCUCUAGAGUGAGAUUUUCCAGAUUAAAGAGUAGGAAACCCCCCUUCUGAUGAUGUACCUUGAUAGUGAGAGGAACUUUUUAAAAACUACAGCUGCUUUGGGGUGUAUUUUUGGAAAGCUAUUUUAGAAUAUAUGCUGCUAGGAAGCUGAAUGCCUUAUUGCAGCUAUAUAACUGUAGUAACUGUCUUCAAAACGUCAUAACAGAAAAUGGAGUACUCAAAAGACAAAAAAUGAGGGGGAUUAAAGCUAAAAGCUGAAGUUAGCAAGGUAACUGGCUAUGUAGUUACGGUCACAUGCGAAGGUUUUGGCUCUGUUUAGAGAAAAUGUUAACAGAUUUUCACUUAGAAAUUCAACAAAAUAUGUAUUUUGUCCGUGGGUGUUCCAACUUUCGCAUACAACUGUACCUUAGUUUACCUGUACCUCAGGUUAGCUUCUUUUCUCUAGCUGAAAGGCUCAUAACUGGUCUCUGAUGUGCAUUUUGUGUUGAAUGAAGAUUCUGAUGACUGAGGUGAGAGAAAGCUAGCUUGGUUAUAGCGGUCAGAAUUGGUGGACAGCCCAAAGAUUCCCAAUGGUUGCAUGAUGUAUUUGUGCAUGCUGGGUAUUGUAGUGAGAAAACACUGAAAUUGUAUAAAAAUAGUCAAACAGAUGAGGCUGAGCGAUAUAAUGCUGCUUACAGAAUAACGCAUUACACAACAAAUAACAUGAAACUCUACGUUUAUGCUGGAGUGCCCCUUUAAGCAAAGAAUCAAUGCUCAACCGUUCCGAAGCAAUUAUUCUCACACAAGUAAUAUUGGAUUACUUUGAAUAGUAAAUAUAAUAUUUAAGUUAACUGUGAUGAGUGUAAAUGUUUGUAUGGUUUUGUAUAUUGUAGUGACACGUAUCAUGCUACUUAGCAUUUGGUGCCUUACAAAGGAUUAUUGGCAAAUAUACAACACUGUACAUAGUGUAAAUACUGCCAGGACAACACGGAGUCCAAAUAUUUUCUGUAUUCAGUUUUUACUUUUUCUUUAUUUUGCGAACAGAUGAAGCUUUUGGGCUUUUUACAAGUUAUGGAAAUAGUAGCUUAUGUACCUGUUUAUGUUCAUUAAAUUUGAACUUGCCUUUAAAUCCCAAA